GCUUAGGCGGUUGUUACAGUUCAGUCAGGGAAAAUUAUGUUCUGUGGUGUUUUGCGUUAUAGUUGAGUUUCCACUCAUGUCAUUUUGCUGAAUGUAAAGUAACGUUAACGUUUCAUGUCUGAGUUAGCUAGCUGACAUGCUCUAGCCUUUCCCAAGCGGCUCUGCCACUUAGUUAGACAUACCGUAGCUAAUUGCUGCUGAACACGUGUUGUGUGAGCUGAGAAGAGAAAGGAGGACUGAGCCAAGCAAUGGCGGCUGAGAUAGGAGCAGGAGAUGGACCCGCUGCUGCUGCCGCCGCCGUUCCUGCCCCCAGCAAAUCAGUGCUCUCCUGGGGGGUGAAGAUCCGUAAGAAGCUGAAGACGGUGACUCCGUUCCUGGGGAAGUUCAGGCCACUGGUGGGCCAAUGCUGCCACAAGUGCUCCCCCGAGAGCCUGGGUUUGAAGCUGCUGCAGAACACCCCCUCUCUUGGCUUCCAGAACCUUCUUAACAUCAAUGAGACUCACACAAGGUACCGUGGCUGGCUGGUGCGGAGAGUGUGUUGUGUGCUGUUCGUAGGGGGCUGCCGGGUCUACAGCAGUCAGGCCCAUGACCGACUACACAGAAUCUGCUGCAGCGACCGGGCAUGGGGCCUGCUGUCUAAUGUGGCCCACUCUGCAGAUGAAAGUGUCCUGGACCAUCUGGAUGUCUCAGCUCGGGCUCGAGCCAGGGAGAUCCUCAGCCUGACCACCGUCAGCAUCUCUCCUGCCCUUCUCCGACUGGUAGGCUGGUUCCUGCUGAAGCUCUUUGACAUCCUCUACUGCAGUGUGCAAGUCAACCUCAACCAACUGGCCGCCCUGCGUCGAGCUGCCCAGCUGAAUACCCCGCUGGUCUUUGUGUCCGUGCGUCAGAGCUGUCUGGAUCAGGCCCUCAUUGCUCUGGUGCUGUUCUGCCACAGCCUGCGUGUGCCCUACACCAUCACUCCGGUACAGGUCAACAACUCCUUCAUAAGGGCCAUACUCCAAAGGUUGGGCGUGAUUUUACUCCCAUGCGGUGCAGUCACGGAGCAGGAUGCUGAAAUGGACCGCCUGUACUCGCCAAUCAUGAGUGCUUUGACCGGUGUGCUGCUUCAGGAGGGCGAGAGCCUCAGCCUGACCCUGGCAGCGGACAGUGGGCAUGGAGGCCAGUGGUUGGCACGUGUCCGGCAGGCGCUCCUGGACGGACUAGCGGCCGACGCCAACCUCGUCCCCGUGGCCGUCUCCUACGACUGCCCUCCAGAACCGCGUGCUCUCCCUCAGGGUGGUGUGAUGUCUAUUGUGCAGUCUGUAGUGUCCCUGCUGUGGAGAGGGAGAAAAGGAAGCGUGCGGAUCCAUUUUGCUCAGGCCUUUUCUCUGAAGGAGAUGAGUGAAUCAGGCCGCUUUCGUGUGGAUAGAGGGCGCCCCCUACAGGAGCUGCUGCUGCCCACCAUCCUCAACAACAGGUCGGAGGUGGUGUACGGGGACAAGAGUACCUCCUGGGUCCUGCCUGCCUCCUUCAUGCCCGAGCUCCAGCCUGAGGAGAGGCAGCUCACUAUCGGCCUCACCAUGCACCUCAUCCACUCCACCACUUCCUGUAUGGCCCUGAUGGCCACCCAGCUCAUUUCCUGUCUGCUGCUGCACAAACAUCACAAGGGUGUGCGUGUGUCUGUGCUGUGCCGUGAGGUGUCCUGGCUCCUGGAGGAGGUGCUGUUCCGGCGCAGGGACGUGGGCUUCGCGGGCUCCCUGGUGGAGGUGGUGUACUCCGCCCUGACCCUUCUCUCCCCCCACCUGCUCAUGGCCGCGCCACCCCCCACCGCCGAGCCCCUCCUGGUCCCCGGCCCCCGCCCCGCCGCACGCCUCGCGCUCGCCCGCCACGCGCACGCGCUCACACACACCUUCAUCACCGAGGCUGUCGGAGCCUGUGCAGUGUCUGCCAUGCUGAGUGAGGUGGCAUGCUGUGGGGACGUGGGAGAGAUGGAGUUUGAUGUGGCGCUGUGUCAAGAGGAGCUCACCGACAGAGCCCUGCAGCUCACACACCUGCUGCCUGCAGGAUACAUACCGCCGUGUCAGUCUGCCCAGACCUUCGCCCUGGACGCCGUGGACAGUGUGGUGCGCUGUGGCAUCCUCAUCAUGGAGGAGGUUCCACGGGGAGCUCCAGUGUGUGACAUCAUGAAGAGGCAGGGUACUCUGAGGUGGAACGCUGCAGAUGAAUCAGAUUACAGUGACUCAGACUGUGGAGAGCAGGAAGCUCGCUCCUACAAGCUAAGUCAACCGGCCCAGUGCCCAGACAUGCUCUUCUUCCUCUGCAGUCUGCUGAGUGUCCAGCUGAGGGCGCUGUGCUGGGCCAUCCAGGGCUUACACCUGCUGCCUACCCCGCUGCCAGCAUCUGAGUGUCUGACCCAGCUUCAUGCCUAUGCGCAGAGCCAAGCUAGUGUGGACAGAGGGCAUCAUGAGAGCUCUUCCAUGGACCUGGUGAAAACAUCAGUACGUACUCUCAUUGACCUUGGGGUUCUGACUGAUGAAAGGGAGAACAGCCUUGUUCAUCUGGAUCUGAGUCCAGUAUUCCAGCAAACGGAGAACCGAGAGAAAUUGCACAAGUUUGUCUCCCAGUAUCUCUACAACUAGCACUGCUUCGAACACACACACACACACACACACACACACACACACACACACACACACACACACACACACACAUUCACUCACUCUGGCUCUCUCUCACACAAUCCAUUUCAGCAGCGCAGAAUCAUCCAAUGAAAAGAAUGCAAUCAACAGACAUU